GGUAUGGCAACUUGUUGCCAGGACAAGGGUUUUGUCAAUAACUUUACAGACGAAAACCACAAACAGGAAGAUGUCGAAGGGUUCGGGCUCUGAAGAUGAGCCGCUGGUGCCAGAUGAUUUCGAUGAUGAUUUUUACCGAGAACUGGGCGAAAAGAUACCAGAGGCCACCAAAGCAUUGCGGCAAAAGGACACUCCCAAUAAUGCGGACAAUGUGCAACGGCUGCUCAUCUGUGGCACCCGGUACAAGAACGAUCUCCGCAUGGAGCGGGAUCGCGCCCAGGAGCUGCAAAAGACGAUCGAGACUCUCGAAGGGCGUUUGGAGAAUGCCGCUCGUGUGAGUAAGCUGGACAUGGCCACCAUUGAAGAGCUGCGUGGGGUUAUAGAGGGUGCUUGGAAGCAGAAGGAUGCUGCUCAGAUACGGGAACAGUCCGCACAGGAUGAGGUGCUGAGUCUGCGCGAGAAACUGGACGAGUCCGAGCAAAUGGUGGCCCAUCUGAAUGAGAAGCGUCUGGCCAUGAGCAAGCGCGACGAUGGCAAGGAACGGGAGCGUCUCACCGCUGAGAUAAACGAGCUGAACAAGCGCCUGCAGAUGCAGAGGUCCUGCACAGCAGAGCUGGAUAGCACCAUAGAGGGACUGGAAGCCAAGAACAAGGAAUUGGUGAAGCUAUUGGAUGAAACCUCUACCGAUGCCUGCAAUCUGAAGCGAAAGAGCGAUGCUCUGGCCAAAGAGCUGGCCACCAUGAAGAGCGAUGAGACCAAGUACCAGGAACAAAUCUCCCACAUGAAGUCCGCCAACGAGCACCUAACCAAAGUCAAAGUCCGUCAGAAUCUGCAGAUUCUGUCGCUGAAGACAAACCUCGAGCACUUGAAUACGCAGCACAAUGCGACGAGCAACAAGUUGGCAAAGCUUACCGUAGAUCUGGAGUACGCUGUCCAGGAGCGGGACAAGAACAAGCGAGCCCUGAACCAGCGCAUUAACCUGCUAAAGGUGCGGGAGGAUGAGCUGAUCAAAGUGCGGCAGGAAAAUGGGAAGCUGGCCAAGUCACAGGAAACCAUUGCCCGGAAAUACGCAGGCCUGGACGAGUCCAAGCGAGAGGUGGAAGAAGAGAACAUACGCCUCAAAACACAGUUGGGAACCCAGGACAAGGAGCUGGAGUCGAUGCGUCGGGUGGUCCAUCACUUUGAGAAGCACAACGAGAAUCUCACCAAGGAGCGGGAUGUUUUGCGCAGGGACUUGCAGGCGGAGCAUCAACAGCUGGAGCAGAUCACCGCCCAGCAUCAGGAGUCACAGCACGAGGUGCGCGCCCUAACGGACACCAUCACCACCAUGGACAUCAGGCUGAAGAAGCUCAACGAGGACGCCAACAAGUUGAAGAAGGAGAAGACCAAGAAGAUGGAUGAAAUCCAACACUGGAUUGAUAAGCUGGAUGCCUUGCAGAACGAAAUGCGGUUGAAGGAGAACUACGAGAUCGAACUAAAGCGCACUAUUAGCGAUCUGGAGGCCAAGUGUUCCAAGUUUCAGCAGCAGCACGACGUCUUGGCCAACGAGCGGCAGAGUCUGCAGCGGAAUCUCCAGCUGGCCGACGAUGAUCGACAGAAACUUCGCGACCAGCUGGUCAAUCUGCAGUCGCACAUAGAGAAGCUAAAGGGAAAGAUCUCCUAUCGGGAUGGGGAGCUGAACAAGCUGCAGCUGCAGAUCGAUCGCAUGGAGAAGGAGCGCCGACUGCUGCGGAACGAGGUGCGACAGGCGCAGCUGGGGCAGCAGCACACCAAGGCCGAGCUGCUGGACAAGCGGAAGGAGAACGAUCGCCAUGCCAAGUCACUGCAGGAGGACGAGCAGCGAUUGUCGCGCCUGCGCAAGGAUGUGGACAACCUGAUGAACGAGAAGAAUGCCAUUAGUGCGGCACUAACCAAGCGCAACGAGGAGUACGAUCGACUGAAGCACACGUUGGAAAACCUGCAGACAGUCUACGACCAGGCGGAGCGUCAGUGCGGCCAGUGCCAGGACGAUAUGCGGCUGAUGGGCGUGGAGAUCAAGAAUUUACGCACCGAACGCGAUGUGCUGCGUGCCGAUCGCGAGAGUGCAGCCGACUUGCGGCAGGAGCUGCUGCAAAUGCAUCGCAUGCUCAAUCAGGAGCGCAUCAAGGCUCGCGCCCUGCAGGACGAAAUGGUCACGCCGAUGAAUGUGCACCGCUGGCGUCUGCUCAGCGGCAAGGAUCCCGAGAAAAUGGAUCUGCUCGAACGCAUUCGAAUCCUGCGCAAGCAGCUGCUCUCCCAAAACGUGGCCGCCCUGGAGCAUGAGCGGGCCCUCAACGAGGCCCAGCAGCUGUAUGCGGCCCUGAAAGAGUUUAUGCUGAAGCUGCCCAGCCACAAGGUGCGAGCGGAGUUGAACAGCGUCAAGGCCACGCUAUCUGCCAAGGAGCGUAAGCUGAGGGUUCUCAAGGCAGAGCUGAGUGUCAAGGAGGCGGACGAGAAGUCCAAUGUCGUGAAGCUGGAGGAAAUGCGCCUCAAUCUGGCGCUAACCAAGACACAGCUGCUGGAGGAGAAGAAACGCAAGCAAAAGCUGCUGGAAGAACGCCAGCUCCUAGAGCAAAUGCAGGCCCAUUGCUACUCGGCGCCCCCACAGCUGCCACGAACACUAGGAGCGGGCUUUAAGAUGGUCACCACCUUGAUUUAA